AUGCAGGCUCGCCAACGCAGUCCGCGAGGGUUUUACCCGUCGGAGUACCGGCAGCGUGAGGGGGGGCUGGGGAGAGGCCGGAGAGGGGACAUUUUCGUUGAGGCGGGGCGGCUCGCCGCGGAGUAUUUGGUUUCCCAGGGGCUGCUGCCGCCCAACGCGUUGCCGCCUAAAUGGCAAAACCACAAGGCUCAGGUGGAGGGCAGCGGGCGGCAGUCGGCGCUGGCGCGGCUCGGGAGCGCGGAUGGGAGGAGGAAAUUGGGGUUUGAUGAGUUUGGGCAGAAGGGGAGGAGGCGAGGGAGCUUCAGCAGGAGUAAUGGGAUGGAUUGGGGGAGGGAUUAUAGGAGGAAUGGAUCUUGGUCUGAUCGUCGUGGCGCCAACGAUGUUAGGGAUGUUGAGGAUGAUGAUUAUGAAAGUGGUGGAUCUAGUGUUAGACACCAAGAUGAGGAGGACCAUCACCAGUACCAUCACCACCAACAACAACACCAGAAUAAUAGUGAUGAUGCUUUGGUAAAAUCGAAUUCGAGUGAAUUUACUCCGAGAAGAGAGGAUGGUGGUGAUUUGAGUGAUAAGGAUAGGGAUAAGGAGAGGGUGAGUGCUGAAUUGUUGGAGUUGAAUCAGAGUGGUGUAGGGAAAGAUGUGAGUGAUGUGGACAUGGGGGUUGGUGUGGGUAAUGAUUUGGAGAGUGUGAUUGUCGGGGUUAAGGAGGUGAAGGAUGAUUGUGCUGGUGAUGAUGAUAUUGAGAGAUUGAGGAAUGUGUCUGCUCAGUUGAGUGAUCAGGAGAAUAGUAGCUCUGGUGGCGUUGUUACUGAUUUGGUUUCGUUGUGCAAGUCUGUGAAGGUGCCCACCAGGACGCGCUCUUCGAUUACACGUAAGAAUUUGAAAGCUGGGAACCAUGGAGAUGGGUCCGGGAGUGCACAUGAUGUUGAGGAUCUUCAAGGAGCUAACUCAGCUGAGGAAGUCUUGGCUGAAAAUGAGUCUGUUAAAGGCUCCUCAUCGGGUGGGUUACUAGGUGAGAAAAGUUAUGAUAUGGUACAUGUUGACUCUGAUGCUGCCGAGGUAGAACCAGUUUGUGUUGCUGAGGAUGUGAGAGAAUUAGAUGCUGUGUCUAAAGCUGAGGAUGUGAGAGAAUUAGAUGAUGUGUCUAAAGCUGAAGAUGUGAAAGAAUUAUGUCAGUCUGGUCAGGAUAGAAGUUUUAUUCAGGAUAACAACCAGGAGUCCAAUGCUACACUACCCGGGUAUGGAGGUUGCAGGUCCUUGUCUGGGGAACAGGGUCAAAAGCGGGUUUUGGAAGAUGAUGAUGAUGAUGUUAGGGAGGACAACAAGAGACUGAGAGAAUGGUUGCCUUCCCUUGUUCCUAAGACUGGAGGUUACUUUUUGCAUAGUAAUCCAAUUGAAGUGAAAGAGAGCCCAGUGGAAGAUGGAAUUUCACACAUUGACAAAGUGAUUAUGACCUCAGAGCAGGGGAGCCUGAUGAGUAGUGGUUCUCAGUUUACAGUAGGUGGACAUAGAUCCUUUCUUCAGUGUUCAGAUGAGAAGCCUUCAUUGCCGAGUUCGUUUAGAACCUGUGAUCUGAAUCUCAUUGAAGCUUCUGAAGUGCAUGAAAGUCAUGUUGAUCAGCCCGUUCUUAUUUAUCCCCCUGCAGUUUCUGAAGCUAAGAAAGCUGUACCAAUUGGCAUAGAUCUGACCAUGAGUCAUGCUAGUGUAUCAGGAAAAUUCAAUACUCAUGCAACAAAUGGCAAAGAGAUUGAAGUAAUUGAUUUAGAAAAUGAUUCCAUUCAAGAAGAAAAGUCAAUUGACAAUAUGGAUAGAAAGACAGAGACUAUGUUUCCUGGCCUUGAAGGUUUUCCGAACCAUGCUCAAAAUGCUGCUGACAUACAUGAUGUUCAGGAUGGUUAUGGACUUAUGAUAUCAGAGUUGCUUGGGCCAGAUUUCACUAAUUGUUCUUCAGUAGCUGGUGACAUAAACUCUGUGCACAACGAGAUGGGCCUUCAUAGUGGAACAGGGACACUUGCUGAGGAUGAUUCCAUAUAUAUGUCGCUUGGAGAAUUAAGUAUGCCAGAUUUCUAUUAG